AGACCUCCAGUUCUCACAAUGUCAAGACGCAGUGUAAGUAGUUUUUCCACCUUCGGAGGUGGCAGUGGAGGCACGGUACGAAGGGGAUAUGCCUCAAGUGUGCAUGGUGCUGGCUCUGGAGGAAGAAUCUCUGUUUCCUCUGGAGGACGUGGUUUUGAGUAUGGCAUGGGAGGAGGUGGAGGAUUUGGUGGAGGAUUUGGUGGAGGAUUUGGCGGAGGAUUUGGCGGAGGCUUUGGUGCAGGCGAUGCCAUAGAAGUUGGGACCAACGAGAAGGCCACCAUGCAGAACCUGAAUGACCGUCUGGCCAGCUACCUGGAGAAAGUGCGCAAACUUGAGAAAGAUAACGCUGAACUUGAACAGAAGAUCCGUGAGUUCCUGGAGAGUAAGACCUCCCCAACUGCCCGUGACUACUCUGCCUAUUGGAAAACCAUUGCUGACCUGCAGGGAAAGAUCCAGGAAGCCACUCGUAUCAAUGGUGGAAUCUAUCUGUCCAUUGACAACGCAAAACUAGCGGCAGACGACUUCAGAAACAAGUAUGAGAAUGAGCUGGCCAUGCGUCAAUCAGUGGAAGCAGAUAUCGCCGGUCUAAAGAGACUGCUGGAUGAGCUGACACUGAGCAGAUCAGACCUGGAGAUGCAGAUAGAAGGCCUCAAGGAGGAGCUGAUCUUCCUCAGGAAGAACCAUGAGGAGGAAAUAGCAGCAAUGAGGAACCAGAUGAGCGGACAGAUUAAUGUGGAGGUGGAUGCCAAGCCACAGGCAGACCUGGGCGCUAUUAUGGCUGAGAUACGAGACCAGUACGAGGCAGCGGCCAUCAAAAAUCAGAAAGAACUUGAAAACUGGUUCCAAACAAAGUCAGAGGCGCUGAACAAGGAGGUGGCAGAGAGCACAGAAUCCCUUCAAGUAUCCAAGACAGAGAUCACUGACCUUCGUCGCCAAAUGCAGGCUCUGGAGAUUGAGCUACAGUCACAACUUAGCAUGAAAGCGUCCCUGGAAGGAACUUUAGCUGACACAGAGGCACGAUAUUCUGCGAAGCUCCAAAACUUCCAGAUGCAGGUGACAAGCCUGGAAGAACAACUGAUGCAGCUGCGAGCUGACAUGGAGCGCCAGAGCCAAGACUACCAAAUGUUGCUUGACAUCAAGACACGGCUGGAGAUGGAGAUUGCAGAAUACAGGAGGCUGCUGGAAGGAGAGGGCAGUUUUGGUGGUGACAUGGGGGGUGGUGGUGGCAGGUCCGGUUCGAAGGUCUUAGUGGUCACACAAGAACUGAGGGACGGAAAGGUCGUAUCCUCCCAUAGCACCUCUAAAUAACCUCCUGCAACGGAACAUGAGGGGCA